CUCCUCUCCCAGGGCGAGAGUGCUACAAGCCGUAACGGCCGCGGGGCGUCGCCGGAAGUGUCGUAAACGCCGGAUAUCCGGUUCCUCUGGGCUCUAGGGGAGUUGACGGAGAGGGCCGCCGCCCUGCAGUAGACGCUGUCUCGGCUAGGCGAGCCGCAGUUCCUGUGGUGUGUGAGCGAGCUCGGGCCUGGUCCCCUCUCCCGCCGCCGCCAUGGGCUGCACGUUGAGCGCCGAAGACAAGGCGGCGGUGGAGCGGAGCAAGAUGAUCGACCGCAAUUUGCGGGAGGACGGGGAGAAAGCGGCCAAAGAAGUGAAGCUCCUGCUGCUCGGUGCUGGAGAAUCUGGUAAAAGCACCAUUGUGAAACAGAUGAAAAUCAUUCAUGAGGAUGGCUAUUCAGAGGAAGAAUGUAAACAGUAUAAAGUGGUUGUCUACAGCAAUACUAUACAGUCCAUCAUUGCAAUCAUAAGAGCCAUGGGCCGGCUAAAGAUUGACUUUGGGGAAGCUGCCAGAGCAGAUGAUGCCCGGCAGUUAUUUGUUUUAGCUGGCAGUGCUGAAGAAGGAAUCAUGACUCCAGAACUAGCAGGAGUGAUUAAACGGUUAUGGCGAGAUGGUGGGGUGCAAGCUUGCUUCAGCAGAUCCAGGGAAUAUCAACUCAAUGAUUCUGCUUCAUAUUACCUAAAUGAUUUGGAUAGAAUAUCCCAAACCAACUACAUUCCAACUCAGCAAGAUGUUCUUCGGACAAGAGUGAAGACCACAGGCAUUGUGGAAACACAUUUUACCUUCAAAGACCUAUACUUCAAGAUGUUUGAUGUGGGUGGCCAAAGAUCAGAACGAAAAAAGUGGAUUCACUGUUUUGAGGGAGUGACAGCAAUUAUCUUCUGUGUGGCCCUCAGUGAUUAUGACCUUGUUCUGGCUGAGGAUGAAGAGAUGAAUCGAAUGCAUGAAAGCAUGAAACUCUUUGACAGCAUUUGUAAUAACAAAUGGUUUACAGACACUUCAAUCAUUCUUUUCCUUAACAAGAAAGACCUUUUCGAGGAAAAAAUAAAGAGGAGUCCACUAACUAUCUGUUAUCCAGAAUACACAGGUUCCAAUACAUAUGAAGAGGCAGCUGCUUAUAUCCAGUGCCAGUUUGAAGAUCUGAACAGAAGAAAAGAUACCAAGGAAAUCUACACUCACUUCACUUGUGCCACAGACACCAAAAAUGUGCAGUUUGUUUUUGAUGCUGUUACAGAUGUCAUCAUUAAAAACAACUUAAAGGAAUGUGGACUUUACUGAAGAGCGUGGAUGUGAGUGAAAGUUACUGCAGUGUGGAGUGUUGAGACCAGACAUCUUUUGCUGUCUCAUGGGGCAGCUGAAAGCAUGAACGGGACCAGGGAAUGGCAGCAGCAUGCAGAAUCUUAGCAGUCUUUAGCACAAUCUUCUGUAUUAGGGAACUUUUAAUUGACACGAGAUGCUAAAGUCAGACAUUGGAAUUGGAACAACUAUAAAGUAUGAUUUGAUCAUCAAGACAUCACUUGGAUUUCAUAAUCUCAAAUAUUUAGGGCAGAUGUGAAGUUGAGGUGCUGCAUUCCAGAACUUCAAUAUGUAGCUUACUUCCUCUCCUUCUUAACAAACCACCAGUAGUCAUUUUUAAAUUUUUUUCAUGAAGAGAAUAACUUUACUAAAUUUUAUUUCUUUGUUUGCAAAAGAAUCUUUAUUAAAACACAAACAAUCUUAACUAUGCAUAUGUUAUGACCAGAUCAUCUUGAAAAUAUUCCUCUUAGUAGGAACUCUUUGUUUUUAACUCUUGGUAUGGUCAGAAUAUAUCGCCAUAAUUACUUUAAAUUCUUUCCAGUUAUUGGGAUUAUAAAUACAGCUUUUUUGGGAUGAAAUUUAUGUUACUAUACUGCUCAAAGUACCUUAUGGCUUCUAAAAGGGGAGAGUUAUACAGUAAGAUUCUAGCUCUCUUUUCUUGAAGCUUAUGGUUGAAGGUUAACCUUGUUUAUGCUGAUUAUCAAAUUAUUAGAUAAAUGCUGAUGUGGUAUGAUAAAGUCAGCUUCUUGGAUACAGACACACCCAUGGCAGCUGCCAAUCAGAAAUGCAAAUUGCUAAAUUCCAAAAAGAACCAGUGACUUUGCUGCUACAUAUUUACUAAAUUGACCACUUUGAUUCUUGCUUGUUUGUCUCAGUCAAUAGGGAGUUUGUACAAGGUGCACCUUGUUUUCCAUCUUCAUGGCCUUUUCUGUUGGGAGACAUCUAAAGUGUAUUAACAGUGCAUGCUUUUACUUUGUAAAUGUGGUGCCAAAUCCCUGUUUGCCAUUGUUUUUACUAUAGCAAUGUUAACUGUAGUAAUCCUUAGUCAGUAUGUUCUUUUGCUAAAACUGUUGCAUUUUGGCACUUUUAUCCACUUUGUCGUGUGUACAGAUUUUAAUCUGUUAUAGUUGGCAGCAGUAUUAAAAUGCUGAGUAAAGAGCCCAGGUUUCCUCCCCUUUGUAACUAGUCUUUUCUGGAAAUACUGUCUUCUGUUUCCUUUUGCCCCCGCUGAGUGUGCUUUGGCCUUUGUUUGAGAAUGGGUUUAGGUAGAAGGAUUUCCUGAAGGUCUAGUCCUUUGGUGUAAUAGUAUUGUUGAAUCUUGAAUUUAUGUCAUAUCUAUGUACAGGUGACAUGCUGUCAUAAUCCAUUUUCCAGAUUUACAUUUUGCUUAUGUGGAGAGUAUAUUCACUUCAGCCUGCAGGUCCUUUUGUAUAAUGUACAGCAAAUGUCAUUAAAAAUUGAAUAGUCCAUGGGGGGAAGGCAAAUGAAGAAAGUGCAUAUUGAGCAUUUCAAAUCAGUAGUUUGAGCAGUGCCUUUUGGGAUCCAGUCUUUUUGGACUGGAUUCCAUUUCAUCUUUUGAUGUGACCUUUUGCUAGUUAAAGAGGAAAAAAAAACAUUGGUGGUCAUCAAAACAAAGCAAGCCACAGCAGUUCAGUGCCUUUGUUGGUAGUUUUUUUUUUUUUUCUUUAAAUCAUAACUAUGCAGAUGGCAUAAUUAUUAUCUAGCAGAAUUUUCUUUAGGGAUGAGAAAACUUGAUCUGAAAGAAAAAAUUACCAUCUUUAAUUGGUGAUUGACUUAAUACCCACAAUGUAAUAGGGUUGAUAGUUCUUAUUCAUUUUGAAUGUAUCUUUUCCUUAUUGUUUUCUGUAAUAUAGGAUCAUCUGCAAAUGAGAACUGGUAGAUUAUUGUUUUCAACUGUAGUCUUUUUAUACUUUGGGCUAAUGGAAUGGUGGUGUUGAUAAUCUAAAAUAACAAAUAAUCCAAAAAAGUUAAUUUUACUUUGAAAUGCAUUUUGUAUUUUCAUUUGAAUGUGCCUAUCUGAUAUGUUCAUUUUUUUAGCCCUUCUGUUAAUGGAAAAUAGUAGUUCCCCACUUUUCUGCCUCUAUACCAUUUACAUUUGUUCUCUGUUUUCAUGAAGAUCACCCCUUACUCCACCAUCCCAAAUAACUUAUCUAAAUGUACAUUCCUUCAGGACACAGGGAGGCAGUUUAAAGCAGUGGUUUUCAAAUAUGAGUUAAGUAAAAAUCACUUGGACCCAUAUCAAAGAUUGACUUGGCUGGUGGGCUGGCAAUCUAUAAUUUUUAAGAGGGGAUUCUGUUUGUCAGCUAGGCUUAUAAAUCACUAAUUUGUAUUUGAAAUAAAAGAUCUUUUCUUA